AUGGCUCCAUAUUCUCAUCCACGUGCCUACAAAAGAAUUCUUGCUGCUAAAAGCAAGGCUCGCUCCGAAGUGAGUGCGACCACAUCAGAAGAAAAUAUUGAGAGAAUAGAUGCCUCAAUUAUGGAUGCGGAAGAAUUCAGGAAUUCAUAUGAACUUCGUCAUAUCCCUUUAAUUUUGUUGGGACUUACAAAAAAGUGGGAUGCAAACUAUAAGUGGACACUUGAGCGCUUGGCUAGGAAAUACCGUAACCAAAGGUUUAAAUGCGGUGAGGAUGACGAUGGGUUGUCAGUAAGACUGAAGAUGAAAUAUUACUGCGAGUAUAUGCUGAAUAAUAAGGAUGAUAGUCCUUUGUAUAUAUUUGACAGCAACUUUGGAGAGCGUAAUAAGACGAAACGGUUACUGGAGGAUUAUGAAGUUCCCGUUAUGUUUGCAGAUGACCUUUUUCGUUGUGCUGACAGUCGAAGGCGACCUCCGUACCGAUGGUUUGUUGUCGGACCAGCUCGUUCAGGUACUGGCAUUCACGUAGACCCAUUAGGAACUAGCGCUUGGAAUGCGCUAAUUCGAGGGCAUAAAAUAUGGUGUAUGUUCCCUCCUAACACACCAAAAACACUAAUGAAACCGUUGCCACAUGAAAAAGGUUCACAUCCUGAUGAGGCCGUUCAGUGGUUUCGAACUGUGUAUAAGCGCGCUUCUUUACCAAACUGGCCAAAAGAAUUUCCAAUGUAUAGUACAGUACAGAGACCUGGCGAGGUUAUGUUUGUACCAAGUGGAUGGUGGCAUGUAGUUAUGAAUCUCGAUGUAACAGUUGCUGUUACACAGAACUUCUGUAGUACUGUGAACUUGCCUAUGGUUUGGAAAAAAACGGUGAAGUCUAGGCCGAGGUUUGCCAAGCACUGGUUUCGAUUGACAAUAAAUUUUCAACAACUCAAUUCCGAGGCUCAGUUCAGUCGGCCAGCAUCUGCCCUGAUGAAGUUACCAGAAGACAGAGAAGCAAGGUGA